AUCGCGACUUGCGCGACUUGCACGACUUUGCGCGACUUAGAACCACUGUUAUCGCGACUAUAACGACUUUCGCGACUUUAACGACUUUUCGCGACUUCCACUCGCCAAUCGGGGGACUUCCAGAUUGACUAUCCUUGUACACACGAAAACGACGUGAAGCAAGAUGUUGCUUUCUGCGAGAUGGUCUUUGUUGUCAGCAUAAUCUGAAUCGAAGAAGGAUUUGCAUAUUCUGAGUGCCGAUAGUAGUCUUUGUGUCUGACGGAAGCAUGUCGUUCUUGAUCUCAAUUGAAGCAAAGAAACAGGAAGCGGCAAAGCACUGGCGACGCUCGACAAGGGCGGCGGCCUUUGUCUUUCUGAUUAUUGUUUCGUUUGUCUGGUCUCGGCAGACGAACAUCGUGAAACGAAUUCAGAUCUACAAGGAUGCAUUUGCAUUGGCCCCAGAUGUUUUGGCACAGAAUCAGCAAAGGAGUGUUCAACAAACCACCAAUGAAGACGGUGCUGAACACGAUCAUCAUAAUAGCACCGACCCGAGUGAAGAAAACCGGCAUGUGCGACCCAACCAUGCGUAUCCUUUUACGUUUGCUGCCUGUCUGAUUGCCCGUGAUGACAAUCUCCUGUUGUCCGAAUGGAUUGCUUUUCACUACACAGUGUUGCCGCUGAGACACUUGAUCAUUGCUGUUGAUCCUCUCAGUGUUACAUCUCCUGAGCCCAUCCUGGAGGCCUUUCGAGAAGAGCUGCCAGAUCUGACCAUUGAUUUGUGGACAGGAAACUCCUAUUGGUAUGAUGGAAGAUGGUCCAGAGAGAAGCUUGAACACUUCGAUCCGCACAAUCAUACCGGGGAGCAUGCCUACAUUAUGCAUCUGCAACGUCAAAAUGCCUUCUACACAACCUGUGUGCGCCAACUCAAACAAGGGAACGCUAGCUGGACUCUCCUCGUUGACACCGAUGAAUUCUUCACCUACAACUCUCUGCUGCCGAGUGAACGAUCUGGAUCCAGCCCAAUGCGGAUGUCCCUUCCAAGCAGCAUUGGAAGGCAGAAUGAGACCAUUGCACACUGGCUUGCCCGUGAUAAGAUCAUACACAAAAACACCACAGUCUGCUAUGUCUAUCCAAGACUGUUCUUCUCGGCACAGGAUCAGUUGUCCACACAAGAAAUAGCAGAUAUCAAUGACGCAGUGCCAUCCUCUUCUUUUCCUGUUGACACCUUCCACACUCUCCGCUAUCAUUCCCAUUGGGCAGCGGGGAUGACUACCAAUGGCAAAUCUUUGGUCAAUGUUCACAACUACAAUGGACGAAACAAGGUCACCAAUCCACAUCGUCCCUUUGAUGGUGUCUGUGACAAUCACUGGGUACAACCCAUACAAUCAGAAAGGAUCCCAUUUCGAGUGCACCACUACAGUGGCUCCUUGGAUACAUUCUUGUCUCGUCCCAGUCGGACAGCACAACAAUGGGCCAACAAGAAUGACUUCCACAUUGCAGGAAAAGACUACUCACUUACAGGGUGGUUUCACAACUUUGUGCAACUUGUGGGCGAAAAGAUAGCAUACAAACUUACUGUGAAGACAAGACAGGACGCAUACUUGCGAUGGAAGGACAUCAAGUACAGAGUAGAAAAAAAGAACGAGAUGAUCCCAUUAGCCUUCGAAUAUGACCAGCCAGGUGGUGCCAAGAAUGGGCAACACUAGGGAUCUCCCCACAGUAGCCAUUCCAUGUGGAGCACAAGAUGUAAGUAUGCCGGUAGCACAACUGUCCUUGACAGUGGCAAAGGCCAACAGGGGGUGCUUGUUGACAAUCAUGUUCCUGAGCCAUUGCCAACUGCCGCUAGAUUAUCAGCACCUGACCUGUUGCAAGACUUUCAAAAAGCUAAAGCUGAAGCUAGCAGCCUGUGUAGCCAAACCUAGAAGCAGACUUUGUUUGCUGCUGUAGAAUCCGGUCGCAGCAGUAUCGUGCCGCACGGAAUGGCUGGAAGGGACCAGAAAGCCGUUGUCCCUGAAACAGCUUGUACGAGCAAUCGGAGCACCACCCGAGUGGUGGAUUGACCUGGGCCCGGUUCCUCCAAGGAUAGGGAAGCUACAACUGUGGGUGGUUUCUCGAGGCCAGGACUCGUUGGGUGGCCUUUUUGAACGCAUAGAUGAUAAAACAAUGACCGUCUCAGUGAUGGGACGCGAAAUACAAGUAGAAAAUAUGUAAUCCCUAAACCUGUUGCGUAUGAAAGCUAUUCCGUACUGACGACGGCGACCCCGGCGUGUCCCCUCGUUGUUGUUUGUUUGCAGGCACUCCACCACAACUAUUUUCUUGGGGAUUCCCACUGCUCUUGUUGCUGGCUUGUUGUUUGCUGACUCCGCACAUGGCACAAAAGGCAUAGAGGCAUAAGUUGUCACCUGACUGGCACUCCCGGCAAGUCCAUGUCUGCUUUGUACCGCACAUGCCACAGAACGGCUUUCGUUUGUCCGAAACAUAAUCACAAAGGCAAACCCAAGUGGAGGCUGCUUCUCUACG